UGGCGAGUUCGAGUCCCGCCUCCUGACUCUCACCGCUAGUCCCCGAGUCCGGGGCGGGGCGCAUUCUCCGAGUAACCUCUCCACUGCAAGGGGCGGUGGCGCACGUUGGGCUUCACCAUGGAGGACUACCUGCAGGGUUGUCGAGCUGCUCUGCAGGAGUCCCAGCCGCUGCAUGUCGUGCUGGGAAAUGAAGCCUGUGACUUGGACUCCAUGGUGUCUGCUCUCGCCUUGGCAUUUUACCUGGCAAAGACGACUGAGACUAAGGAUGUCUUUGUUCCAGUUUUAAAUAUAAAACGUUCUGAGCUACCUCUGCGAGGUGACAGCGUCUUCCUCCUUCAGGAGAUUCACAUUCCAGAAUCCCUCUUAAUUUUCCGGGAUGAGAUUGACCUCCACACGUUGCACCAGGCUGGCCAACUCACGCUAAUCCUUGUUGACCACCAUGUCUUACCCAGAAGUGACGCAGCGCUAGAGGCAGCAGUGGCAGAGGUGCUAGACCAUCGGCCCAUCGAGCAGAAGCGCUGCCCUCCCUGCCCUGUUUCAGUUGAGCUGGUGGGGUCCUGCGCUACCCUGGUGACCGAGAGAAUCCUGCAGGGGGCACCAGAGAUCUUGGACAGGCAAACUGCAGCCCUUCUGCAUGCAACAAUCAUCCUGGACUGUGUCAACAUGGACCUUAAAAUUGGAAAAGCAACCCCAAAGGACAAGAAAUAUGUGGAGAAGCUGGAGGCCCUCUUCACAGAUCUGCCCGAGAGAAAUGACAUCUUUGAUUCUCUGCAAAAGGCAAAGUUUGAUGUGUCAGGCCUGACCACUGAGCAGAUGCUGAGAAAGGACCAGAAGACCAUUUUCAGACAAGGCAUCAAGGUGGCCAUUAGUGCAAUAUAUAUGGAUUUGGAGGCCUUCCUGCAGAGGUCUGGCCUCCUUGCAGACCUCCAUGCUUUCUGCCAGGCUCACAGCUAUGACGCCCUGGUCGCCAUGACUAUCUUCUUCAACGCGCACAACGAGCCAGUGCGGCAGCUGGCUGUCUUCUGUCCCCAUGCAGCACUCCGAACGACGAUCUGUGGAGCCCUGGAACAGUCGCACUCCCCGGCCCUGAAGCUGACCCCUGCCCCAAGCACUCACCCUAACCUCCAGGCCUAUCUUCAAGGCAACACCCAGGUCUCUCGAAAGAAACUUCUGCCUCUGCUCCAGGAAGCCCUGUCAGCAUAUUUUGACUCCAUGACAAUCCCUUCGGGGCACCCCGAGGCUGCCAGGGAGCAGGUGGACAAGGAAUCGGACAGGGCAGGUACCUCCCUGAUUCCUGGACUGAGUCAAGAUGAAGAGGAGCCUCCAUUGCCCCCCACACCCAUGAACAGCUUGGUGGAUGAGUGCCCUCUGGAUCAGGGGCUGCCUAAACUCUCAGCCGAGGCCAUCUUUGAGAAGUGCAGCCAGAUCUCGCUGUCACAAUCCACCGCUGCCUUCCUGUCCAAGAAGUGACUAUUGGGAGGGGAGAGGGCGGCGGGCGGGGUUGCUUGAACCACCUCGAAUGCAUGUUUUGAGAGGCUUCAGCAAUUCUGUCUUCAUUGCUCCAGGGUCUGGUGCACUUGUCCUGUUCUCGUAAAUCUGGGAGGAGAAAGAAGUAAGAGAAAGCAGCUGCUUUAGGAAUGGCUUUCUACCUUCCCCCCCAACCUCCCCCAGUCAGAUUCUGUUAUUUAAUUUAAUUCUUUAGCUCUGCACUGACUCCCCAGGGGUACGAUGUAACUCCUAUGCUGUUCCAGCAGCGUGGCACAAAAAGAAUGUGCACCCCAACAGUGCCCUCAGCAAGGCUCUCACAGAACCAGUAUCUCCCAUGGAACCAAACUUUCAUUGUCUCCAUGUAUCCAUUUGUCCCCUCAUUGAUUGAAGUAUUGAUGGAAUGCCUACUCUAAGCUCGGCAGAAAAUAGAGUGCUUUGGAAACUCUUAUUCCAGCUUUCAGCCUUUAGAUUUCCAGCUCCAUGAUUCCUCUUUCUGCCCCAUUAGGUAAUGGUGUCUGAUUCUGAGAUGGCUAAAUGUUUUUCCUGAACUUAUUGUGACUCUUUUAGGGUUUUGGGGGAGCAGGUUAGAGGCCAUUAUCUUCUGCCCUGAUCAUGUGGCCUGGCUCUCAGUUCCUUUGGGUCCCUUGUCCCAAAGCCACAGGGAGCCUGAAGAAACUCAAAAGACCCCGAGCGUUCAGGAGGCGCUCAGAAAGGCCUCGUGGGCGCCCUUCCCCAAAGAUGGCAGAACUGCACUGAGAGCCUCAGCUCUGUCCCCUGCCUUAGCGGGUCUGUCAAUCUCUUGUCCAUGUCAUUCUCUUCUUGGUCUGAUUACAAGGAAACAUGGAGUCCUAAUAGGGACUGCCAUGAGCUGUGUGUUCUUUGGCCACACGCUUCAUCGCUAGGUCUCAUGUUCCCCAUCAAUAAAACUAAGGAUCUAGACUAGAAGUUCUGUUUUCCCUGGGAGUGCUCAGGGUCACUGGAUUGUCUGUAUUUAUAUGUGAUUGUACCGAGGGACUCAGCCUCAUGUAGCAUGUACAGGGGUCUGAUUCAUGCCAUAGUGAUUCAACAAAGAGCUCCCUCCCACUGACUCGUUCUGCAUGUGUAGUUCCCUUUUUUCUUCACACCAACCUGUUCCCCCUUUUCCUACCCCCAGGCUCUAUUCCAUGUAAGUUGCCAACAGUUUCACUGAAUAGUGAGGUAUGUGAUGGUUUUGGCAUGAUGUCUUCAGUGCGAAGGGGACAACCGUGUGACUUCACUUGGAGGGGAUGAUGUGUGUAGCCAUUGGAAGAUAAAAAUAGUGGUGUGAUUACUGAACCAAAGGAAUUUAUGUUUUGUAACUUGGGUACUUUAUUUUGCAUUUUGUUAAAGUAUUAAAUAAUUUUUUCCUGG